AUGAUUAAGGGGCGACGAACAGUGCUGCUAAGUUUUUUAAAAUCAAAUGCCCAGCGAACACAAAUUUCACGCGACACAAAUUCACGAGCAGCAGCAGCAGCAGCAGCAGCACCAGAAAAACAGCAGCAAGCAUUGCAAAUAUUGCGCCCAUUCGAUGCUAUCGAAUUUACUGACAGCUGCGGUUCUCGUCCUCCUACUCUUUGCAAUCAGUAG